UCACUUUGCAACUGCUGGUGAAUGUGAAUGUGUCAAGAGCAGCAUCUGUUGACAUGAUGCAGUUUAUUCGGAAUUGAGUCUGUAGUGCGUCGCUAAGCCUGUUGCAAAGUAAACGCUUUUUUGAAAGUUUCCUAGAGGCACAUAUAUACUAUGAUUUCAGUCGUAUACAUAUUACCUGCGUACAAAAUUCUAAUCUGAAAAUGAAGAAAAACUUACGUUGUCAUUUGGGCAUCUUAUAAGAAAUUAGUUUAUUUCAGUGUUUGGCAACGAGUGGUGUUCCUAACGCCAUUGGAUCGUGGAAAGAUGGAAGGCAAGGAAAGAAACGAGCACAUUCUUGCUUUGAAAGUUAUGCGACUUACAAGACCAACUUUAUCAAGUCCAUUAAUCGUGACAAGUGAUGCGAAAGAUCUGCCAGGAAACCUGUUCAACAAUGAUCUGAAGCAUGACAUUACUUCUGUAUCAAGUGUUGAGACACUAGCUGCUGGACAGUUUCUCCUGUUGCCACAAAGUUUUGGAAAUAUUUAUCUUGGCGAAACCUUCUCAAGCUAUAUUUGUGUCCACAACGACAGUAACCAGAUAGCAAGUGAUGUUUCUGUGAAGGUGGACCUGCAGACAAACUCCCAACGUAUACCUCUAUCGGGUGGCCACUCAGAAGCUGUCGCUAAAGAGCUUCAUCCGCAAGAGACUGUUGAUGAUGUGAUUCAUCAUGAAGUAAAGGAGGUUGGUACACACAUACUACUUUGUGAAGUGAGCUACAACUCACCCAUGAAGAAUCAUUUAUCAUUUCGCAAGUUUUUUAAAUUUGAAGUAUUCAAACCUUUGGAUGUAAAAACAAAGUUUUAUAAUGCAGAGUCUGACGAAGUUUACCUAGAAGCCCAAGUACAGAAUAUUACUUCAGGUCCCAUAUGUUUGGAGAAAGUAUCUUUGGAAUCUUCACAUCUUUUCAAUGUGACAGCCCUAAACUCAACUCCAGCUGGAGAAUCUGUUUUUGGCCGAGUGAACGUUCUUCAGCCACAAGCAAGCCGACAGUUUCUUUAUUGCCUUGCUCCACAGCCGUCACUGACUUCUGAUUUGAGACUACUUGCUGGUGCUACAAAUAUAGGAAAACUUGAUAUAGUGUGGAGAUCUAACCUUGGGGAACGGGGAAGGUUACAGACAAGUCAGUUGCAGAGGAUGGCACCAGAUUAUGGUGACAUACGUUUGUCUGUGCAAGAACUCCCAAAUAUUGUGGUUUUAGAAGAAGCCUUCACGAUUGUGUGCAGGAUAAUCAACACAUGUGACCAGUGCAUUGUCAUGGUGCAGAAGAAGAGAAUUACAUCAAGAGUAGCAGGUAUCAAAUAAAGGAACAGGACGCACCUCAAGUGAACAAUUUAGUAGAUAUAAGGAUAUUUAUACAAAUGUCUUAAGGCAAAUGAAAAAUGCAAAUAUGCAUUGUCGCAGUAUAUGGAGUAUGGAGUAUGGAGUAUUAUGAGUGUUAUGUAUUAUAUGUGUGUAUGAAUAAGAGAAGACUUAAGAGCAGUAUUAAGUAUUUUUAUUGAAGUGAAGUGUAGCCCAGUAAGGAGGAUUUUCUUCAUUUUUUGACAUGCACUGGUGCUCUUGAAGUCGGCUGCCAGCAUCUACAAUUGAAAUGUAAGACAGGAAAUCCAAAUAGCCUAAAUUCAUAAAAGCAGACCAUUUCUAAUAAUGCAAUUGCAUUAUCCUUUAAAUUCUUUUCCAUUUUUACGUAUAUGUACAUAUAAAACACCUCUUGACUUCCACAUCAAAGGUUUACUGCCCUUCAGGUCAUCCUGGCCGUGCAAGUAAAUACUGAGUUACAAUCUAAGUUGACAGCUUGUGUUUUCUGAAUUGCACUCAUAUGAAUAACACUGUUUGAGGUUGUCAGCUUCAUCCACCAUUGAAGUGUUUGGUCAAUUAAAAUUAAUAGAAAAAAUUAAUGGUAAUAAGCAAAUAAAAAAUUAGGAUAAUGCCUGUCAUUAAAAUUCAAAGAUGUAAAAUAGAACACAAUGAUAAGUUUUGUCAUUUAGUCCCCUUAAUUACAGAAAUUACAAUACUGCAUAAAAAUUACAUAUCAAAUUCCAGUGAUGAAAUGUGAAGCAGUGAAAGAAGACAUCUGUUUGUGAAAAAAUUUGUAGCUAUAGAAAAGAGUCAAGAAAUUCAUCUGAAGUGUACUCCUGUAUGGCAAUGACUGAUGGACACUUUUGGCACCAGACAGUGCUUGGAACCCAUGGAGAUGUCAAUUUGGAGACAGCUAAUGAGGACCAGCAGGACAGAAAUAAAAACAAGAUGUUUUGUAAUAAAGGGAAGAAGUUGGACACAAUAAAUUUUUAUA